AUGGAAGAAAUUCAAGUUACACCCUAUCUUGAUCAAAAGCCAGGAACAAGUGGACUUAGAAAGAAGACUCGUGUAUUUAUGGAAGGAACUUAUUUAGCUAACUUUAUUGAAUCUUAUUUUCAAUCAUUCCCACAGGGGCAUUUCGAAGGUGCGACACUUUUGGUGGCUGGCGACGGCAGGUACUUUUUACCAGAAGCUAUACAAAUUAUUUCCGAAAUUGCUGCAGCUCAUAAAGUUAAAAGGAUUUGGACAGGCGUUCAUGGUUUAUGCUCGACACCUGCAGGCAGUGCUAUCAUAAGAGAAAGAGAAAGCGGAGUUGCUGUAGGAGGUAUCUUACUUACGGCUUCCCACAAUCCAGGUGGUAUUGAUGAUGAUUUUGGCGUCAAAUUUAAUGGAAAAAAUGGAGGUCCAGCUCAAGAUUCAGUUACUAAUUCAAUUUUUGAAAUAACAAAGAAAUUGACAUCAUAUAAGAAAAUUUCAUUACCAAAGAUUGAUUUAAGUAGAGUUGGAAUGCAGGAAUUAAUCCCCAAUCAAUUCACUGUUGAAGUAAUAGACACAACCGAGGACUGGUUGGCCUUAAUGAAAAAGAUAUUUGAUUUUGAAAAGAUUCAGAAUCUUCUUAUUAGGAAAGAUUUUAAGAUGGUUUUUGACUCUAUGCAUGGUGUAGCUGGGCCAUAUGCAAGAAAAGUUUUCAUUGAUGAAUUUGGAUUACCAGAAAGUUCAUUAUUGCAUUUAGAGUCCAAACCAGAUUUUGGAGGUCUUCACCCUGACCCAAAUCUAACUUAUGCUAAAGAUCUUGUUGAAAUAAUGAAGGCAACAAACCCAGAAAAAGCUGAUGAAAAUACUCCAGAUUUUGGAGCUGCUGGAGAUGGAGAUUGUGAUAGAAAUAUGAUCUUAGGUAAAGGAUUCUUUGUUACUCCUUCAGAUUCAGUUGCAAUCAUUGCAUCAUAUGCAAAGGAAGCGAUUCCGUAUUUCUCUAAAGGUUUGGUUGGAGUUUCUAGGUCUAUGCCCACAAGUACAUCACUCAACAUUGUAGCGGAAAAACUUGGAAUUCCAUGUUAUGAGGUUCCAACUGGAUGGAAGUAUUUUGGAAAUUUGAUGGAUGCAAGUAUGAUUGACAUAUGCGGUGAGGAAUCUUUUGGAACAGGGAGUGGCCACAUUCGUGAAAAAGAUGGAUUGUGGGCAGUAUUGGCUUGGUUGUCAAUAUUAGCUUAUAGAAAUCCAGAUCCAACAAAACCAUUGGUAUCUGUAGAAGAAAUUACCAGAGAUUUCUGGAAAAAAUAUGGAAGAAACUACUACACCAGAUUUGAUUAUGAGUCUGUUGAAACGGAAAAGGCUGAUCAAUUCUUUAAGCAUUUAAAUUUAUUAUUAGAAGAUAAUCAGAAAUUGAGAGAAAUUAUUCAGCCAUAUGGUAUCGAUAUUAAGUUAACUGAUAACUUUACAUACCACGACCCAGUUGACGGUUCAAUUGCAAAAAAUCAAGGUUUAAGAUUUAUAUUCCAGGAUAAUUCUAGAAUAGUUUUUCGUCUAUCUGGUACAGGAUCAGUGGGAGCAACAAUUCGUGUUUAUAUUGAGAAAACUGUGGGCGAUCAGGCAAAAGUUAAUAGUACAACAAAUGAAGUUCUUAAUGAUUUAAUUGAAAUUGUUGAAAAAAAAAUUAAUUUGCAAGAAUUAACAGGAAGAGAUAGACCAACAGUCAUAACUUAA